UUGAAAGAUAUGCUGUCCGAUUCGAUUUUCCAUCGUCAGCGCCUGGACUCGGAAAAGGAAAACCGGAGGUCCUGGCUUCGUCAGAUAUUGUGCCUCAUUAACAACCAGCUCGCAGAGGCCUUUGUUCACGCACGUCUCAUAGAACCAUGGAUUGACGAGCCAGACACGCCACUAGAGCCUCGCGAGGUCCAGGCGUAGUACGCAGCAUAU